AUGUUCAUCCCCAUUUCGAACCUCGCGAAGCGCGAUAGCGAUGAUGGACUCUCCCCUGCUAUGGUCGAUCUCCUUAUCUCUCUCCUGGUCCUCAUCUUUCUCGGUCUUGCUCUGGUUGGUGCCCUCCUGGUCCUGCGCCGCAAGCGCCUGAUCCGGGAAGAGAGCAAUCUUCCUGUUCACAACGGCCAGUGCGUGCCCAGCCAUCGCCGUUUUACGGUCUCCGCCUCGCCAAAUGCCAGGACCGAGUCCGUUCUUGUGUACGACGAGAAGCGCAGCCUCAUCGAAAACUCGUCGAGCCCCCCGUCCAGCCCUGUCCCCGAGAUCCGCAUUACAUUCCCUGAGGAGGAGGACGAAUCCGGAAAGCGCAAGUCUGGCCGCGUUGUGGUCGUGAGGAUUACCGAUGCCGGCGGUGUUGGUCUGGAACCCUGCAACGAAGAGCUCCCGCCUUAUCAGUCAAGCGAUGCGGAACGAUUCCAGUCGUUGGAUAUCGAGCGCAUGGGCGGACUGAAGGAGAAGGAAGCUACGGCUAGAUGGUCUUAG